UUCGCGAUCGAAUAUCAUUCACCGUUGAAUGAUAUUCGACGAAUGUGCAUUUUUUUUAAAUGAAAUUCGACUUGUUCGUUGGUCUCACCGGGGACCGGUGAAAUCCAUCAAUUUGAAAUUAUGAAUUCACCUCCGGACUUGAAUUCGAUUUUUGAAUUGAUGCAAUCGAUGUCAGAAACUUCAUCUUUCACCCGAAUUUCUGUUAUUCUUCGCCAUUUUGAAUCAAAAUCUACUUGCAAUUAGCUUUAUUAUUCCAUGCUGCAAUCAUGGCUGAACCAGAACCAACGAGCAAACUGAACUUAGGAAAGCCUGUGGUGAUCAGAGUGCGACCAAUUGCUCCGAAGCCGAGUCAGCUGGUGCUUCAUCAGGCACAACUGUCACUCAUUCAUCAGCGGAAUCAGAACGUUGUUCGACAGCAAACAACUCAGCAAUUUGUCGUCCGUCAGGUACCCCAGGCAGUCAUUAGACAACAUACUCAACAACCUCAGGCAGUCAUUAGACAACAAACUCAACAACCUCAGGCCAUCAUUCGACAACAUAACCAACAACCUCAGGCAGUCAUUCGAAAGCAAACUAAGCGCGCAGCAGAAGAAUGUUUGGCGCAAUUGGAAACUCUGGAUGAGACUGAUGCUGAUGCUCCAGACCUUCCUAAUAAUUCUGCUCCAGAUCCUCCUAAUAAACCUGCCCCAGUAACACCUGCAGUAAAAACCAGAAAAUACUGGAGCUCUGCUGUGGAUCCGGAUAUCUACCCAGAUGUAACAGAUGUUGGAGACUUGUUUCUAGACAUAUUGGCUAAGCCAGAAUUCUUGAAUUUACACAAUGAUACAACAACAAGGAAAGAAACAGUGUGGCGAAAAAUCGCAGAGGAAUCAGAAAGGUUAGGCUACAAAGCGGAUGACAAUUUAUCUGUGGCCGCACGCAUCUGUGAGGUAAAAUUCAACAACAUGAAGGGUAAAUACAAAACUUUUAAAGAUAAUGGAGGGCCAGGGGGCACUGGAAAUGCCGGGAAAAAAGUUCCCUCAUACUAUGACAAAAUAGAUGCACUCCUUGGUGGCAAUGAUGAUAUAACGCCCCAAAGCGUUAUUGAUUCAUUAGAUGAUGUUGUCGAAUCAACCAGCAGCGAAUCUGGAGAAAAGUCAACCGAUAAUAUAAUACGGCAUGUAAAUAAAAGCUGCAAGCCUGGCACACCAAAAAAACAAAAGCUUGACAAAAUAAUGUUGGAAGAAAUGAAAUUAACGCGCGAACAAAUAGCUCAAAAUCAUUCAGAGUUCAUGGAUUACAUGAAGACCGACAAGGAGAAGACCAGACAAAUACAAGAGAGGAACGCAUCAGCAUUUGAGUCUUUGGUAGCUCAUAUCACUGGGAAACCCAGCGCCUCCAACAGUGAUAGCAACUGACUUUAGCUAACCUCACUGUAAUGUUAAUUUAAUAAUAAUUUUUUGUUGUAAAAAUAAGUCUAAGAGACUGAUUUACCUACUAUAGUCUUAAGUGUUAUGUUGACGUACGUACUGAAUGUGCAUUUGCAAUUGUAAACAUGCAGUUACUCUCUUUAUGCCUUAAAAUUCUUGCCUUAAAGUGAAUUUACGGUGAAUCCGGCAAAAGUCUGAAGUAUUCAAGUCAUUUUCUCUGAUUUUCGGGCUUCAGCACUUCUGGCCUUUUUUAUCAUUUUAUGGAGAGAUUUUGGUUUCAUGGCAGGUAAGCCAUGCCACUAGAUGUAUUCUAUCCGUCAUCAGCUUCAAAAUAGAGU